CAUCGCAAUAUUGACAUUACGUCACAAGCGCGCCAAAAAAUUACCUUCUGCGGGGGAAGUAUCAAGCAACUGCAUUAUAUUUUAUGCAAACAUAUUCACACAUGUCGAAAGUGGUGGGUCGGUUUGUGGUCCUGACAUAGCAGAAUAUCUUCGGGUAGGGAUCUUUGCAGACGUGUCAAGGUUUUCAUUCUGUUCUAGGCCCAUACAUAAUUAAACAGAAGGGUGAUAUCCCGGGGAGCUAGCUUUGGAAGGCGCUCUUCGACUCCUCUCUGCUACAUAUAUCUACUGUUGUACAUUGCGACUGCCCCUCCUUACUCUGCUAUAUUUAUACAACAGGCAACGAUCCGAAAAAUUUUGAGGUAAAGCUAACUCUGCGACUUGAAGACUGCAACUUUGAACUCAUCUUGCUUGGAUAUCACCAACAUAGAGAAGUGAUUUGUCUGGAGUUAGAUUCUUUGAAAAUCCACACGGCUUAUACCAAAUUAUUUUCUCUGCGAAAUUCAGAAAAUAUAAUUUUUUGUUUGCAAAAAUGUCUAUGUUUUCGGAUUACGCGAGCAUGACCGAUGCCAUGCGUGGUCCUGGGGGUUUGGACAUGUUGGGAGGGACCAUGCCCCGUCCCCCCGAUCUUACCCUAGGACACAGGCCAGAAUCCUACAACCAACACACAAUAGAAGGAAUUCUCGGAACCCGUGGUCGAGAUGGCCUUUCGUUAGAGCGAAUCAAUAAAGACAUGGAAAGAGAAAUUAACAAAUCUAUCCACAAUGGUUCGAACGAAAACGUUUCAUCGAACAUGGACAAGAUGGAUUCUCCUGGAAAUAGCGGAAAGUCCGGACCAAACUCUCCCGAAAAAUUUAUCAAACAAGAAUCAGAGGACAACGAAGGCGACGAUGUCAAGAAAGAUGACAUGAGUGAUGGAGACAAAAGCAAAAAGCGACGGAAUCGAACGACGUUCACCAGUUUCCAGUUAGAAGAGAUGGAGAGAGUUUUCCAGAAGACUCAUUAUCCGGAUGUGUACGCCCGGGAACAACUGGCGCUCCGCUGUAACCUUACCGAGGCCAGAGUCCAGGUUUGGUUUCAAAACCGGCGGGCCAAAUGGAGGAAGAGGGAGAGGUUUGGUCAGCUGCAGGGGAUGCGAGCGAUGACCGGGGGUACUAAUCCGUAUGACUUCCAGCUUACUCCAAGACACGACGCCUACUCACAGCUCCAGCACAACCCUUGGGCGACGACUCCUCAGAUUCCUUACUCAAUGCAAAACUCCACUUGCAUGGCAUCCCAAUCAACUGUGCCAAAUUUUAUGGGACUAGCCCAUCCAAGUCACCUGUCGUCAUAUCCGGUUAGUCAUCAGCCAACGAUGUCACUUCCGGUGUCACAGUCCCCACCUCUUGACCCCUGCGAAAAUUCGGAAAGAAGAAGCACCAGUAUUGCCGCUCUAAGACUGAAAGCCCAUGAACAUGGGGUAGCCAUGGGAAUAUUCGGUGCUUACGGCAAAUGAAAUUAAAUGUGAAAAAUAAAUGUAACGUUUUGCCUCCAAGAAAUGGACACUGUACUUAAUGUGACGUAAGUGUACAUAGAUGUUGUAUGAAGUUUGGAAAAAGGUAUCAGAUUGACUCAAAUUUAUUUUACAAAAUGUGCCACCAACUGACUUUAUAUGUGUUUGUAAGCUACAGCUGGGAUACGGAAAGGAUUAUGUAUUUUGUAUAUAAAAAUCAUUAACCUCUU